AUUGGACCGUUAAACAGUUGAGUUGAGGCUUGGAGGGGAAUGAAUUUCAUUUCAUCGACGGAAUGAAACACUCAUCAGACAGAAACAGGACAGACAUGCCAAAAUCUCUUUACGGGCCCGAGGCGGUUCUCCCAAAACCCAAUUCCAUAAAAGCAUCUGAAGUCCGGACCCUCCCUCGCUGACCAGUGCACUGUCAGAGCAGGGCACUCUGUUCUCGUUCGCUUUGGCUUUCCUCCGCUCCCCCUCGAGGCCUCUGCAUUUUCUUGCCCACUUCUCCAGAAAGAAGAGGGAAAAGCCAGAGGGUGAAGAAGAACGUUGCAACAGUAGCAGGCAGCGGGGAAGCAUUCUCUGCUUGGGAAAAGGAGUAAAGCUAGAUAGAGAGAGAGAGAGAGAGAGAGAGUCAGAGGAAGCUUCUUUAGUCACCGGCCCCAGCAAGAACAAGAAGGAAGAGGAGGAAAACAAGGAAGGAGGAUCAAGAAACAGAGAUAGAUCAGAUGGAGAGAGGAUUCAGGCUCAUCUUGGCGGCCUCACUGAUGCUUAUGCUUCUGGACCUUUGCAGAGGAAGCACGAUUGGGGUCUGCUAUGGAAGAAACGCUGAUGACCUGCCCACGCCCGACAAAGCAGCGCAGCUUGUGCAGCAGCACAACAUCAAGUAUGUCCGUAUCUAUGAUUCCAACAUUCAGGUGUUCAAAGCCUUUGCAAACACUGGGAUUGAGCUCAUGAUCGGGAUCCCCAACUCUGACCUCCUCCCAUUCGCCCAGUUCCAAUCAAAUGCGGAUAGCUGGCUCAAGAACAACAUCCUUCCCUACUACCCUUCCACGAAGAUCACGUACAUUACUGUUGGGGCUGAGGCUACCGAAGUUAACUCGACUUCCCUAGUCGUACCUGCGAUGCAGAAUGUCUUUACUGCCCUCAGAAAGGCUGGUCUGCAUAAGAAGAUCAAGGUCUCGACUACUCACUCCCUUGGGGUCCUUUCUCGGUCUUUCCCUCCUUCAGCAGGAGCAUUUAAUAGCAGUUUUGCGUCAUUUCUCAAGCCAUUACUGAUAUUUCUUGCCGAGAACAAGUCUCCCUUCAUGGUUGAUAUAUACCCUUACUACGCCUUCAGAGAUUCGCCAAACAAUGUUUCUCUUGACUAUGCCCUGUUUGAGUCGUCCUCGGAGGUGAUAGAUCCUAACACAGGCUUGCUCUACACGAACAUGUUCGAUGCACAAAUCGAUGCGCUCUAUUUUGCCCUGGCAGCACUGAAUUUCCGGACAAUCAAAAUCAUGGUUACGGAGACUGGAUGGCCGUCAAAGGGCUCGCCCAAGGAAACAGCCGCGACUCCUGAUAAUGCCCAGACGUACAACACGAACCUAAUCCGCCAUGUCAUCAAUGACACUGGGACUCCUGCAAAGCCCGGGGAGGAGUUGGACGUGUACAUAUUCUCCUUGUUCAACGAGAAUCGAAAGCCGGGACUAGAUUCAGAGAGGAACUGGGGGCUAUUUUACCCUGACAAAACGAGCGUUUACAACCUUGACUUCAGUGGGCGGGGCUCUGUUGACGUGAUCACUGGGGCCAAUAUCACAAACACAAACGGGACGACAUGGUGCAUCGCCUCGUCAAAUGCAUCAGACAGAGUCCUGCAAAGCGCGCUGGACUGGGCAUGUGGGCCCGGGAAUGUGGAUUGUUCGCCAAUCCAACCAAGCCAGCCCUGCUAUGAGCCAGAUACACUGGUCUCCCAUGCAUCCUAUGCAUUCAACAGCUUUUACCAGCAGAAUGGGGCCUCCGAUGUCGCCUGCAGCUUUGGCGGGCUUGGGGUCAGAGUGGACAAGAACCCGAGUUAUGACAAGUGCCUUUAUAUGACUACAGGGAGCAACAAGACCUUGUCGACCAAUGCCACGGCAAUACCCACGACUUCCCACUCUUUAGCUGGCAAAGUUCACACCUCAAAGUCAAGUUGGACAUUUAUGAUCUCUUUCUUGCUCUUCCUGGCGAUCGACAGUAUCCGAGGAUGGUGAUUCGAGCAUGGUAAAGAUCUUUAUCUCGAUAUCGGGAAACGAUGAUAUCGGCAAAUUUUUGGGGAAACACUUGAAGGAUGGUUAGCGGUGCAACCCCACAUUUUGUAUGAUACAUAUGAUUUGGUUUUAGGAAUGAGAUGCAUUUGGGGAAGAUCAAUUGUAUAAUCUAUGAGUCGGAGGUUUGUUAAGCAAUUGUUUCUUAGGUAUUUCUUGGGCUUUUUGAGUAUCAUCUUUUGUGGGAAAAGGUUGGUUAAGAAAGAACAUGGAAUCUCAACUGUAAUCUUGAGUUUAGAGUUAGACCACUGACCAGCAAGCCUCAUUAGAUGAAACUAGCUUUUUUGCCUGAAUGCACGGGAACAUUUUCAUAUGUAUUUUUAUUGAAUUCUAUUUUAUUUGGUGGAAAACAGGCCUAAGCAAUUCUACUUUUUUA